GUUUCAGAAGAAAAGAGAAUGGCAUUAAACAGUUCGGAAAUCCCCGUGUCGAAAUUGCUCCGGCAAAAAAUCGGGAUAGGCGAUGUGCAGGAAGGACGGAAAAGUAAGGAUGAAUAUAGAAAGCAAAAGGAUUUGGAAGAAGAGCAAAAGUUGGGUAUAGCUCCAGCAACAGUGGAUGUUGUCACAGGGCGUGAUAUCAAUCCACAUAUUCCAGAAUUCAUUGCAAAGCAUCCCUGGUAUGUACCGGCUGAUGGACCUACUCUACAGCAUCAAAGGCCGCACGAAGAGAGACAGAUUAAAUGGUCAUCAAUCGACGAUUGGUAUAAAAGAGGUACAACGAAUGAAAGAGCUACGAAGUUCCGAAAGGGUGCUUGUGAAAACUGUGGUGCUAUGACACACGGAAAAAAAGACUGUUUGGAGAGACCUCGUAAAGUAGGUGCCAUAUGGACAAAUCAGGAUAUCGCUCCAGAUGAAUAUGUUCAGCCAAAAUUAACGCUUGGUUGGGAUGCUAAACGAGAUCGAUGGAAUGGCUAUGACCCGCAGACGUAUAAGCAAGUUGUUGAGGAGCACGAGAAAUUGGAGCAAACAAGGAAGCUUCUCAGGGAAGAGAAGAUGAAGGGAGAACUUUCGAAAGAGGAAUUAGAAGUGGUAGAAGGCAACCAUCAUAUAGCAGAAGAGCCUGCAGACGAAGAUAUGUAUGCUGAUGAUGCUGAUAUGGCAGGUGUAACAGUUGAUAUGGAUUCGCGUACGCGAAUCACUGUGAGAAACCUUCGUAUUAGAGAAGAUACUGCAAAAUACCUCUAUAAUUUGGAUCCAAAUGGGCCUUAUUAUGAUCCAAAAUCGCGUUCAAUGAGAGAGAAUCCAUUUGCAAACGUACCUGGAAAAGAGAAAGAGGCAGCUAAAUUUGCUGGCGAGAAUUUCAUACGUUAUACAGGAGAAGUAGUGCAGGCUAACGAAGCGCAGGUAUUCGCAUGGCAGGCUCGUUGUAAAGGGAUUGAUGUCCAUGCAUUAGCUGAGCCUACAAAACUGGAAGCAAUGAAAAAAGAGUUUGAGCAACAAAAAUUGGGUGCGAAAGAAGAACACAAAAGCAAAUUAUUGGAAAAAUAUGGUGGGGAAAAAUAUUUACAUGCACCACCGAAGGAGCUGUUAUUAGCACAAACGGAAAAUUAUGUGGAGUAUAACCGAAAAGGAAAAGUAAUCAAAGGUGACGAGCGACGAGUGAUACUAAGUCGUUAUGAGGAAGACAAAUACUUGAAUAAUCACAAGUCUGUUUGGGGAUCUUAUUGGAAAUCUGGGCAAUGGGGUUUCGCAUGUUGUCAUUCUUUCAUAAAGGCCUCAUAUUGUCUUGGUGAAGCUGGUAAAGCUAGGAAUGCAACAGAUCUGAAAGUAGCUGUUUUACCGCAAGAUGUAAUUACAAACUCAACUCCAAAUGUCAAGCACGAAAUUACCGAUACAACAUCGGACAAUGAGCUGGAAGAUGAAAAUUCCUCUGUUGGUAAUGAAUCAUCUUUGGACGCAUUUGGCUCCGAUAUGAGUGCUAAAGAAGAAAGAGAAGAAAAAGAACGACAAUAUGAACUAGAGAAAGCUGAACGUGACGAAAGAAGGCGUAAGAAAAGGAGGGAUAAGAGAAAGCGACGAAAAGAGCGGGAAGAUAAGAACAAAAAGAUUUCGAAGUUAAAGAAAAGAGGAAGUUUGGAUGGAACUUCAUCAGAUAAUGGGAAAGAACAGAAGAAAGAACUAGAACAUGCAAUUAAAAAGAUCUAUAAGGACUGGGAAGAUGCAGAAGAAAGUUUGCAGCUGGGCGAUCGAAAACGGCGCUAUCAUUCCAAUUAUGACGUAAGUGCUCCAACACCCACUGAAAUGGAAGCUUAUAAAUUGACGAAAAUCCAUGCUGACGAUCCAAUGGCUGCAUUUAUAAAAGAAAAGCAUUGGAAAAAACACUCAGAAAAGGACUGAAUCCUUUUUGAUAUUGUGAAAUUGAUCUUGUAAAAUAAAUUUAAACGCAUCUUGAGAAUGCUGUUUAGUUGUUGAUAGAUUUUUCUCUUUUCAAGAGUUCAGGCUCAUUAAACUGUGGAAACAGUAGGUUUAAGUCUGUGAUGAGUUCCAUUAAGUUUCGGUUUGAGAACAUUUAUUCCCGAUUCCAAU